AUGGGGGACGGAAGCAAGCUGCGGCUCUGGUGCUCGGCGUUCGCCUGCGCGCUGGCGGUCCUCGAGGCGGACGGCUAUUUCGUGGACAUUACCUACGUCGACAGCGCCGUGGCCAAAGGGGCAGUAUGUCUGGACGGGAGUCCCCCUGCGUACCAUCUCGCCCGUGGCUCCGGCUCCGGGUCGAACAGCUGGUUGGUUCAUUUUGAGGGAGGAGGAUGGUGCAACAAUGUGACGACCUGCCUGCAGCGGUCGCACACCCGGUUAGGCUCCUCCAAGGAGAUGGCCAAGCAGGUUGCCUUCUCCGGGAUCUUGAGCAACACCCCGGAUUACAACCCAGACUUCUACAACUGGAACAAGGUCCGGGUCCGGUACUGCGACGGCUCGUCUUUCACUGGCGACAAGGAAGAAGUUGAUCCGAGAACAAAUCUACACUACAGAGGUGCGAGGGUAUGGCAAGCAGUUACGGAAGAUCUGCUCGCUAAAGGAAUGAACAAAGCUGAAAAUGCUCUAAUUUCGGGAUGUUCUGCUGGUGGAUUAACUUCGAUACUGCACUGUGACAGAUUUCAUCGGCUUCUGCCGGCGGCGGCCAAUGUUAAGUGCCUUUCUGAUGCUGGCUUCUUCAUCAAUGUGAAGGACAUUGCUGGAGUAAACCAUGCUGCGGCCUUUUUCAGUGAUGUAGUUAAGACUCAUGGCUCGGCCAAGAAUUUACCAUCUUCGUGCACUUCCAAGUUGCCUGCAGGCAUGUGCCUUUUUCCUCAGAAUGAGGUGAAACAGAUUCAGACACCCCUGUUCAUCCUGAAUGCAGCAUACGAUUCAUGGCAGGUACGGAACAUUUUGGUGCCUGGAGGUUCUGAUCCUCGCUGGCGAAGCUGCAAGCACGACAUAAACCAGUGCUCGGCGAAGCAACUUAAGAUUUUACAGGGAUUCAGGGACCAUUUCCUGGAAGCAAUCGAGGCCCAAGGGGACUCACCCACCAGAGGGCUGUUCAUAAACUCGUGCUUCGCGCACUGCCAGUCCGAGAUACAGGAGAUCUGGUUCGCGCCCGGCUCGCCGGUGCUCGGAGGCAAAAGAAUAGCAAGCGCGGUUGGGGACUGGUUCUACGGCCGCAGUGGGUUUCAGAAGACGGACUGCCCUUACCCCUGUGACUCCACCUGCCAUGUCUUCAAGAACGCCUCCCACACGUAG